AUGGCCAUUCAAAUUCCUAUCGACGCGAUCACCUCGCGUUUCGGUGAUCGCUUCAACUCCCUCCGUAGCCAGUCGCUGACCACCCGUUUCGCCAACCUGCGCCCAGUCUCCGAGUUCCUCGACCUCAAGCGCGUCUCCAAGCCCGCCAACUUUGGUGAGAUUCAAAGCCGCGUCAACUACAACCUGGGCCACUUUUCCAGCAACUAUGCUGUCGUCUUCGUGAUGCUCAGCAUUUACAGCCUGUUGACCAAUCCCCUUCUGCUCUUUGUCAUCAUUUUCGUGACCGCCAGUCUUUGGGGCAUCGGUAAACUGGAUGGCCGCGACCUGGACGUAGGCUUUCGCCGUUUCAACACUUCGCAGCUCUACACUGGUCUGUUGUGCAUUGGCGUCCCUCUUGGUAUCUGGGCUUCGCCCAUCGCGACGGUCCUGUGGCUGAUCGGCGCAACGGGUGUGACCGUCUUCGGUCACGCUGCUUUUAUGGAUAAGCCAAUCGAGAAUGCUUUUUCCGAGGAGGCGGUCUCAGGUGGUCGGCCGCGAGCUCCUUACGAUAUGCCCCGAUGGGGAAGACCACCGGGAGCACGAAAAGGGAGACACAACGGCGGGGGCGGGCAAUAUGAGGAACAGAUGAAACGAGUGGAGGAGGUGGAGACGGACGAGGACGAGUAUGGACGGCAGCUGGUACGAAAUGGCCGUGCGGCGUAUAUGCGGCAAUUGGAAUACGGAGGACGGGGGCCGCGCCGGCGGCAGGAUUAUGAUGAUUUGACCGACGAUGAUAGCACGGUGGCCUACGCGGUUCAGCUGGCCAUGCGAGACAAAGAGGACCAACUGGUCGACAAAGCACUGGAGCGCAUUCGUCGUGCGCAGAUGCUGGGAAAGAAGAACGUCCGGCUAUCUCAGCGCGAGCUGGAUGCACUGGAACGCAGGCGCCAGCAGACGGACACACCCAGCGAGGCUCGCCGGCCUAAGCAGACUGGUGGUGCAUCGAAUCCCCGGCCUGCAUCUCGACGCAAAUCCGGGGGCCUGCCAGAGCGACCACCAGGACCACCUGCGGGGCUUUACGCCCCAUUUGCAUACGGCCCCGAUGCCGGGUGGACUCUCGGUGCGGGUGCCGCUGGGCGGCCUACUAGCUCGUCCUCUUCAAACCGCCCACGAACCCCUACCAUGCAGUCACUCCGCCCGCAACAGUCCAACUCUCCGCUUCGACCGGGCUAUCCUGCCUUUCCUGAGCGGCUUCCCCCUAACGGCCGCCCGCAAUCGAUGCAGGGAAUGCACCCACGACCCCUGCCGGACGAUCCGCAAUGGGCACCGUCAUACUACAAUCCCAUGCAGAUGGGCCCGUUUGCAGAGCAGGCCCCGUAUCAAGCGCAGUUUCCCAAUGACCUUCGGGUUGGGCCUCCGCAUCAUAUGAGCUAUUCUGGCGGGCUGUCUCCUACCCUAGCGCAGCAUCACCAAUCUGUUCCUUCCGUGAGCGGCCCGCCACCGCGAACCCGUGCGGUGCCCUCGGCGUCGGAGUCGGACUCGAGUGAGGAGAGCAGCGAGGACAGUAGUGAAGAGGAUGAGGUGCAGGUCGUGCGGGUUGUGGAGCGUCAGGGUCCCACGGGUCUCCAGCGGCGGAAAAUUGCUGGGGGCCGACCUCGACCACGGCGCAGUCGAUGA